AUGGACAGAAGAAUUGGUGAAAACAUCCGCGAAGAAGCUAGAAGAGCGAAAGCGAUUGCUGUGGAGAUGUACAGAGCCGGUGAUUUCUGUGGAGCCAAAGAGUUUGCUGUCAGGGCACAAAGGCUUAACCCUUCACUCUGUGGUCUUCUCCGUCUAAAUGCGGUUCUUGACGUGCGCAUGGGUUUCGCCAAGCAAAUCAACGGUGAAAUUGACUGGUAUGCUGUUUUAUCGGUGGACCCGACCGCGGAUCUUGAAACAAUCCAUCAACGUUACAGGAAGCUGUCUCUGGACAUCAUCCUUGAUGACUGUGACAACACUGUUUGUAGCGUUGAUGAAGCCAACAUGUUACUGACUGGUUCCUGGAAUCAUCUGUGCAAUGAAGAGACGAAGCAAGUUUAUGACAUGCGACGUCAAGAACAGCUACAACUACAGAAUCUGAGAAGAGCUUCAGAGGCGUUUUCUAGUUCUGUGGAUAAUAGCACCUUCUGGACAUUAUGCCGUUCUUGUAGCAUGAAGUAUGAGUAUCCAGGUAGAUGCAAAGAUCUCAGGGUUAUGUGUGUUCAUUGUUGCAAGCCAUUUGAUGCUUUUGAGUGUCCUGGACCAUCGAUGAAUCGUGUUACUCCAUGGACUUACGAAAAGCAGCAGCAGCUCAGGAGAGCUGGAACGAGUCAGGUUCCGAGCUUCACUAACAAUCUGUUGGUUCUGUCAGCAGUGCCUGCACCUGUCUUGACAUCUCAAAGAACUUUUGAUCAAGUAAACAGAGUUGGUCAAGCAACAGUUGAAGCUAGGGUUGAACAACCUCCACCGAGAGUUUCUGGUCCUGUGAACCAGUUAAGGAGAGCUAGUGGAGGAGAUAACAAACGAAAGGGACCUCUACUAACAAAUGUUCCUCAGUUCAGAAGAAUCACUGAAGACGCAGGGAUCAGAGGUGAUAGACUCGAGCUUACUCCAAGUAUGGUUGACAGUACUUUGAUUGAAAAGGGCUCCAAGAACUGCAUUGCAGCGGAAGGAGUAAAGUGUGAAAGCAAGAACACUAAUGUCGUGGUUAAAAAGGAGGAACCUGAUGUAGUGUUUGUGAUUGUUCCAGAUACUGAUUUCCACAAAUUUGAAAAGGACCGAACCAAAGCUUCGUUUCGUGAAGGAAACCAGGUAUGGGCUGUUUAUGAUGAUAAGGGAAUGCCUCGGUUUUAUGCAAUGGUUCAUGGUGUUGUCACUCAAGAACCGUUCAAGAUGUGUUAUUCUUGGGUGUAUAGCAAGAAGAAUGUGGAACUAGGUCCAAUGAAGUGGAUUGAAUCAGGUUUUUACAAGACCACCGGAAGCUUCUCAAUCGGUAAGCUCGAAUAUUGCGAUUCUUUUGACUCAUUCUCACAUAGAGUCAAGUGGGAAUUAGGUGCCAACGGGUUUGUGAACAUCUAUCCGAAGAAAGGUGAUGUUUGGGCUCUCUAUACAAACUGGUCACCAUCUUGGAACCGUUCAACUCCUGAAGAAGUUGUGAACAAGUAUCAAUUAGUUGAAGUGCUUCAUGAUUUCGAGGAAGGAAGAGGUGUACCGGUUGUGCCUUUAGUCAAAGUCCCUGGAUACAAAGCUGUGUUUCGUCGCCAUCCAUAUCAGUGGACAAUCCCAAAAGCUUCCAAUGUUGUCACUAAAGAGGAGAUGAGAGGAUUGGAGAAUGUGGCUUUCAAGAAACCAAAGGAGGAGGCUGAUGAGGGCGAAGCAAAAAAGAAGCUUGGAAUGAUGAGAAAACUGGAGACUGUGGUCAAGAAGCCAAAGGAGGAAGGUGAUGAUGGUGUGGGGAGUUCGAGCAAUGUUGCAAGAGAUGGGGAAAUUACAAAUGUGAAGCUUGAAUUGGGAUGCGACCAAGAGAAGAAGCCUUAG